UGUUCAUGACACGCAUCCUACAUGGCCAUUCAGGGCGUGGCAGUCGAAAAUUACUGAAUGCAGAACUUUCUCGUCUGACCGAUGGAUUCGGCCAGACACGGUGGGUAACGCGUUGCCAGAAAUUCGCCGCACAAAGUCAUUCUCUCCAGCUACUAUGGCUGGACUCAUGGCCCAGUCUCGCGGAAUGUUACGUGACUACUUUCUUUCAAGCUCGUCGCGUUGUCAUCUUUCAGCUUCCACCUCUGAGGAUGAACAUGGAUCUUUGUAUCAUAGUUCUGGGCAAGCCCUUCUUUGUUUCCUCAUCACCGGAUGCGGCAUGUGUAAGGCGCUUCUUUUAUUUCAGGACCAUGGAAGCCUGAAUGUAUCAGAAGAUGCCGUGCACAUCUUUACCAAUCUACUUUGACGAUAACACUGAAGCAUCCGUCGACACCUCGAGCAUUUGAACAAUGUCUAGUGACGAAGAACGCGCAGCCAAGGAGCUUAUCCUCGACAACAACGAUCCGCCAAGAGGACCCCUCCUACCUGGUCUUACCUGGAAGUACAAGAAAUCCAUCGGCAAAGGAGGUCAGGGACGAGCACAUCUAUGGGUCCUUGUCGAUAACAGCGGUAAUAUAAUCGAGCGUCUGGUCAUCAAAAAUCUCGUAGCCGCGUCCAAAGCUGAGGUCGUCCAAGACGGUCCAUCAAAAGGACAACUUGUAGAAGCCUAUUAUUCACAGAUAUUGGCGCCAAACGGUGCAAAAGCAGAAGAUGUGUUCACAGCACCUGUUCUCGCUUGUGAACCUAUUGCUGGGACGGAGAAUGGGUGGAGAACUUAUGCGCCAUACUUCAGCCUAGGAAACUUCGAAACCUUGGUCGAAAGGCAUACGGCUUCCUCUCCCUUACCAGAACCCUUCUUGUGGUUUGUACUCUACCGCAUGGCUAAAGCCGCUGUCGCUAUGGACGAAGUACUCAGAGAAGAUGAUCGGGGACCAGUCAUUGUGCAUAGUGAUAUCAAACUUGAUAACAUUUUUUUGGCGCACCCAGGGUCAUUAGGGAAAGACGCAGAUUUUAUCAUGUACCCACCUGCUUACUUGGCAGACUUUGGCUUUUCAUAUACGGCGAUCAAGGGUCAAUCAACACAAGGUCAAGGUGGAGGUGCAUUUAUGUUCAAACCGCCGGAAAUGAGAGACUUGAAAGGAGAACACACUCCAUGCUACUCAUAUACCAACAUAUGGCAGAUAGGAUUCUCCGUCUUGCAAGCGAUGGAGGGCCUCAAAUACAUGAAUGUGGCCCCUGCCCAAGAUCUUGGAUACGAGAAUACAAAAUGGCUUCCAUUCAUCAAGUCGGGCACAUUUUUCGAUUACAGCCAGGAUUUGAUACAAGCAGUAGAAGCUUGUGUCCGGUUCAACCCUGAACAUCGAAUAUCCCCACAAUCGCUCCUCAAAAGAAUUGAGGAUAUCGGAAAUACUGACAUGAAACGCUGGGGAACUGCUUCCUGGAUCUUGGACAAACAAAUUGAGCAAGCAAAAAAAGAUGGAAAAGAGGUGGACUUGGAGGAAGUAUACGAUAUCUUCAAGGACGAAGAUGAACCCAUUGCUGCAGCUAUCAAGAGAAAACGAAAAGCUGAAUCCACACUACUACCCAAGCCAAAACGGGUCAAGGAAGCGGCAACGAUUGACCAAGAUGUCUUGCGAAGAAGACAACAGCUAAUUGCCAGACAGAUGAGAUUGGGCAGGACGAGUCAAUCACUUGAUGCACAUGCAGAUGAUCACGAAUAUAUUAUGCCUGAAGACCUUAGGCUGCGAUAUUCGAGAGACAAGACUUUCGACUCCCAGGAAUACUUCACUGGGUCGGAUCCUGGUGUCGUUGUGUACAAGAAUCUCAAGUCUGGUCUCAAAUUGAAGUUGGGCAAGAUAGUCGCCAAGGAUUCUGGUCUCAAGCUGAAGUUGGACGAUAUCAUAGCGAAGAAGUCUGGUCUCAAGCUGAAGUUGGGCAAGGUCGUUCCAAGGGACAAAAUUAAGCCAAAGACAGUGUUGCCCCCAGUAUCUGUAGCGACAGGUACGCCAGCAGUAUUGGCAGCGUCUGAAAUACUUGCAACUCCUCCAGCAAAGGCAGAACAUACCAUCGCACGACCAAUAUCUCCAGAAAAGAAGACCAUCCUCGAGGGCGGCUCCGGACUACCGGGUGCCCUCCUUGCCGUCGAGGGAAAAUCUCCAGUCACCGAGACAAAGCCGCGUGAUGUGUUUGCUCCAAGCACUGAUCCUACCGAUCCCUUGCAAAAUGAGAGGAUGCGCUUACUAAGUGCCCUUAUAGAAUGGCGUUCGGAAUGGUCAGAACCCUGGAAAAAAUCCUCCUCUCACUGGGUCGGCGUGAAGAACAAAUGCAAAGCAAAUGCCGAUGAAAACACCACCGCUCCCGAAUCACACUACUGGUCAUCUCGCAGCAUCUGUGCUGACAUGAACGCCCAGGAAAGAUUGGAUGCGAUGCUCUACUCUAGGAGACAAAUCAAGUUCUCGUUGCACAUGUGGAAGGCAUCUUUCUUGGAUAGACAACAAGGGGGUGAUGGAGAAGCAACCAUCCUGAGGAAGACGCUACAAGAGCUAUCCAAAGAUGCGGACGAAGAUGACGAUCUAAACGGGCCUGUCAUACCUUAUACUGAGGCAGUACUUGUUCUGCCGCCUUUCAACAAAUUUAUAACCCUUGUUCCGAAGACUACACAGACGAAAGCAGCAGCAAAGACUUCUGGAAGUACCAAGGAAACGGCCGUGGACUUGACAUCAGAUCCUGCUAUAACACCGACUAAAUCAGCCAUGGGUCCCAGUGCAGCUGCUGGAGGACCGGGGCCCGCCCUCUUUCCACCGCCUGGAAAAGGAAAAGCGAAAGCGACGGACCCUGCAAUUGUUCCUGCGCCCAAGCCGACUCCGAAGCCUAGGGAUCCCAGGAUUAAGGCAUUGGCCAAAAAACUUAUGGCAAAAAAAUGAUCGCCCACCAAACUUCCGACCCCUCUUCUACCAUUCGCUGUUGCUAAAUCACCACCUGGUAAACACACUGAGUCAACAGGUGAUAAGCCUGCCAGACCGCCAAGUGGUAAACCUGGUCCAUCAACCAACACAGGUGCGAGAGACAGAUAACUGGAUAGUCCAAUCAGGUUUCAACCCCUUAAGACAGGCCGAAACUCUGCAUGUUAGUUUACCUUUUGGUUUCGAGCUUCGCGUAGUCCUAUUGCGAACUUCCGACAUUUUUUCGUGUUUUGUAUUGUUUUCUUAUCUUCUAAGUACUGGUGGCAUUCUCUCACAAAAAUUGGUGCACGCGCGUGGAAACAACUUAGUAUUUCUUAUCGACAGACAUAUUUAGUAAACAGAGGC